AUGGAAUCCGAGACUGUGGGACUUCACGCGGCCGCCGGUUACGACUACACAGUCGAGACCCUAACGGAGGAAGAGUAUCGUGAGUGGGUGGAACGAACCUUCCGGCCGAUGUUUGAACCCUUCGAACGCAUCGGCGGCAUCCCCUGCAACGAGCUGCUCUCGCGAUUCCAGUACCAUGGCUACGGUUUGCCUCGCGACCGCAGGAAUGACCUCAUUCUCUACAUGGAUGCUAACAGGGAUGGAAUAAUUACAUUUGAGGAAUUCCGAUCGGCAUUGGUGCGACUACGCUACAAGGAUCUGAACCCGUGGAAGCGUUUUGCAUUGCGAGCCCUGCUUGCCGGGAAUCCGGGUCUUCGACUGCAGGCGGCUCGCGAACGCGCCGUCAAGCACCUGCAGGCCCUCGAUGCCCAGGGUCGUCAUGGCGCGGCUGUGGACGUGGAAGCAGAUCAGGAACGACUCCCCAGCGCGAUAACUGGUUCCGCCGGGGGUAGAGGCCACUUCAAGCUGGAGCCAGAUGGAGUUUGGCCAACCACGAAGACGCCGCGUGGUGCUGGCGUCAGUCGGACUGCCGAUGACUCGGUGCCGCCGACUAUUAUGGACGAAGAGUACAUUCCACAGAGCUACUUGGACGCCUACAACUGCGUGCCGCCUCCAAUCUUCAUUCCUCUAAUUGUCCUUGUCCAGCUGGCUGUUUUCAUUUACUACGCGGUGGAGUUGAAUCGGCGGGCGGAAGCAGAGCCCGAAAAUGUCAUGUCCUGGGCGACCGGUUUCCCCUACUUUUCACCUCUCUACUUCGAUCCUAGGCGACGGCGCGAAGUCUGGCGCUACUUAACCUACAUGUUCAUUCAUCAGGGAAUAUGGCACAUCGUGUUUAACAGUUUCGUCACGCUGGUACUCGGUUGCCUGGUGGAGUGGGUUCACAAGCUCUGGCGUGUGGCCCCCGUCUACCUCGCGGGGGUACUGGCCGGCUCCCUCGCCUGCUCCGUCUGGGACCCCUUUGCUGUCCUCGCGGGGUCCAGUGGGGGUGCCUACGCCCUGGUCGGCGCUCACCUCGCUCUUGUCGUCAUCAACUGGGAAGAACUAAAGCACGACUUCUACGCCUCGACCUCACCGCUUGCCAUCAUCUCGUCAGGAGUAACUAGGGUCUGUCUCAUAGUGGUGUUUUGUGGCGUCGAUUUUGGCAUCGCGCUGUACGAACGAUUUGGUCUGUCGAACGCCAAUCUGCAUGUCAGCGUCUCGGCCCACAUCGCCGGAUUCCUAGCCGGUCUGCUGGUGGGCAUCCCGAUUUUGCGGAACUUGCGGGAGAAACCGUGGGAACGCGUGCUCUUCUGGGUGUCCCUCUCCAUCUCCCUCGCACUCCUCAUAUUUGCCAUCUUCUGGAACAUCUUUUGGCCGGGGUACCCCGAACAACAGAUCUAA